UAACUCGGACCCCCGAGCUCACAAUUCCCCGCACCACAUUUCCGCGCCCAAACCCCAAAACACCACAACAAACAACCCGCGCACCCGCAAUGUCCGACGCAGACCUCGAGCAAAUCAGACAGGCGCGCCUGCAGCAGCUGCAGCAGCAAUCCGGCGGCGGCGGCGGCGGCGACGCCUCAGAGCAGGACCAGCGCCGGCAACAAGAAACCGACCAACGCGCCCACGCCCUCUCGCAAAUCCUCUCGCCCCCCGCCGCCGACCGGCUCGGCCGCAUCCGCCUGGUGAAACCCUCGCGCGCGACCGAGAUCGAGAACCAGCUCAUUGCCGCGGCGCGCGCGGGGCGUAUCCGGCAGAAGGUCACCGAGGAGCAGUUGAAGGAUAUGCUGGGGGGGUUGGCGGAAAGGGAGGAGGAGGAGAGGAUUGUGGUGAAUCGGCGCGGGGGAGGGUGGGAGGAGGAUGAGGAGUUGGAGGAGUUGAUGAAGGGUGUUUAGGAAGGGGGUUUAGGAAGGGGGUGUGGGGAGGGGGAGAGGGGGAAGCGCUG